CUCUCUUUUUUCUGCUACUCCAUUCUAUUCUAGGAAAAGUUUGGUUUUUCCUUUUGAUAUGGGUUUUGUUUAGGAUAUCUUGUUGUAUUAGUUCUUGCUUCAUUGGUAUCCAAUUCCAAGUUUCAGUUCUUUAGUUUUUACGUUUUAUGGUUUCAAUCCAUUUUUCAUAUCAUCUGGGAAGGGAAGGAAACGAACGAAUUGAAAUUUUUUGCUUUUUGCGGCCUCUACAAGUAUAUGUUAUUUCUGUAAUCUGAACCAAGCAUGUCUGGUGAAGAGGAAGAAAAUGCUGCUGAGCUCAAAAUUGGAGAUGAGUUUUUGAAGGCCAAGUGCUUGAUGAAUUGUGAAGUAGCAUUAAUUCUUGAACAUAAAUAUGAGCAGCUUCAGCAGAUGUCUGAUGAUCCGAUGAACCAAGUCUCUCAGGUAUUUGAGAAGUCACUACAGUAUGUCAAGCGGUUUAGCCGUUAUAAAAAUCCUGAUGCUGUCAGACAAGUUCGAGAAAUUCUUAGCCGAUAUCAGUUGGCUGAAUUUGAGCUCUGUGUUCUUGGCAACCUUUGUCCUGAAACUGUGGAGGAAGCUAUUGCUAUGGUACCUUCUAUUAAGACAAAAGGACGGGCUCAUGAUGAUGAGGCAAUUGAGAAAAUGUUGAACGACCUGUCAUUGAUCAAGAAAUUUGAAUAGCGGAAUCAACAUCUUAAUGUGCUACCAAUUUUAACUGGGAAUUCAUGAUACGUUCAUAUAGAGUUUAGCUGUUUAAAUCUAAAAUCUUAUCAUACCAGUUGAUAUGUUUCGUAUGGCUAUGAAAUCUUGUUUUGUAAUACUUUGCUGCCAAUCCAACGUGAGAAUACGGAUUACAUGCUA